AGGUUUUCUGAAUAUUGUCGGAGCCGCCAGCGGUUUGGUUGUUAAGUUAAUAGACGGAGGACGGAGCAUAGAACGAGAGAAAAAUGGAGUCACCGUUCAGGGCAGAUAUUUUGAAGGGUAAAGUGGCCUUGUUGACCGGAGGAGGGUCGGGAAUUGGGUAUGAGAUAUCGUAUCAGCUUGGUAAACAUGGUGCCUCUGUUGCGAUCAUGGGUCGACGGAAGCAUGUGCUAGACUCCGCCGUCUCCACCCUCCGUUCCCAUGGCAUCCCAGCUAUUGGAAUUGAGGGUGAUGUUCGUAAUAGAGAUGAUGCUGUUAGAGCUGUUGAAUCAACUAUCCAGCAAUUUGGCAGGCUUGACAUUCUUGUGAAUGCUGCAGCUGGCAAUUUCCUUGUUCCUGCUGAAGAUUUAUCUCCUAAUGCCUUUCGAACAGUGAUUGAUAUUGACUCAGUGGGCACAUUCACUAUGUGCCAUGCGGCACUUAAGUACCUUAAGAAAGGGGGCCAAGGGAAAGACUCAUCUUCUGGUGGAAUGAUAAUAAACAUUAGUGCUACUUUGCACUAUACUGCAAGUUGGUAUCAAAUCCAUGUGUCUGCUGCAAAGGCAGCUGUUGAUAGCAUAACUAGAAGCUUGGCACUCGAGUGGGGGACAGAUUAUGACAUCAGAGUCAAUGGGAUUGCUCCAGGGCCAAUUGCAGAUACCACAGGUGCUAGUAAACUUGCCCCUGAAGAAAUAUUAAGUAAAGUUAAAGAGGCACCUUUGUUCAAAUUUGGGGAGAAAUGGGAUAUUGCCAUGGCUGCUCUCUAUCUCGCAUCUGAUGCAGGGAAGUAUGUCAAUGGAACAACACUGGUUGUUGAUGGCGGAGAAUGGCUGAGCAAACCCCGUAACUUGCCAAAAGACGCAGUGCAGCAACUGUCUAGAAUAGCGGAGAGGAGGUCCCGGGAAGCACCAGUUGGGGUACCAAAGAGCAAGCUCUAAUAAUGUGCCUAGUGAUUAUGUUGAAGUUUUAUUUUUCACUGCCCUACUCAUCGAUAGUUUUUAAUCAAGAUUUGUAUCAUGAACUUAUUCGUGAACACAGCAAAAGCUACUUGUAUUUGUAUUUGGCACUGUACCCAAAGAAAUAAAUUCCUGAUAGACAU